AGAAAACUCACAACAACCCAGUGAUUCCAGCCAUGAAAGCCUUCAACAACGCAUUCCUUUUCGUCAUUUGAUUGGUGCAGCUUGAUACAGUAGAUAUCACUUUUGAUUGAAUAGCAUUAAGCCAUGGCGAUUAAAGUGGUGUCUGACUGCAUUAAUUCCACACUAGAUACACCCUUUUCCACAUGGAAUUUAUUUAUUUAUAUCCCAUUGUAUCUCUCAAUACCAGGCAUGGACAAACUUGGGCCCUCCAGGUGUGUUGGACAGGCCGGUAGGCUGUUAGGAAUUGUGGGAGUUGAAGUCCAAAGCACCUGGAGUGCCCAAGUUUGCCCAUGCCUGAUAUAUAAUAUAUUAUUAGCCUAGCACAAUAUUAGUAUUAUAUAUUAUUAUAGUGUACUAUACCACUAUACUACAAUAUUAUUAGCAAUAUAUCUAAUAUAUAUUAUACAUUUAUUGUAUUAUAUUGUACUAUAGUACAAUAUAAUACAGGAGUACAGGAGCCCUGGUGGCAAAGUGUGUUAAAGCACUGAGCUGCAGACCGAAAGGUUCCAGGUUCAAACUCCGGGAGCGGCGGGAGCGGCCGCUGUUAGCUCCAGCUCCUGCCAACCUAGCAGUUCGAAAACAUGGCAAUGUGAGUAGAUCAAUAGGUACCGCUCCAGCGGGAAGGUAACGGCGCUCCAUGCAGUCAUGCGGCCUCAUGCCGGUGACAUGACCUGGAGGUGUCUAAGGACAACGCCGGCUCUUCGGCUUAGAAAUGGAGAUGAGCACCAAUCCCAGAGUCGAUCACGAGUGGACUUAACGUCAGGGGAAACCUUUACUUUUACCUUUUUAUGCUUGUCAGAAGGGGUCAGUGAGUAUAACUGAUUAUGAUAACACAGAAUGUUUAUGAAACAAUAGGGAGCAGAUACCAGAAUAUUUGUGUUAAGAUCUUGGAAGGUUUCUGACUACUGUCAUAAGAAAUUUUAUAUCCAGCUGCAAUCUAAUCCCAUCUAUGUACCUGUAUAUUUUUACCUGAGAUUCUAAGAUUGUAUUCCUUUGGUGCAUCUGAAGAAAUUGAUUGUUAAUUUACAUGUGCUUCUGAUUAGUUAGUUUUAAAGGUGCCACAAAAUUUCCUUCCUUUCUUUUAUUUUCUUAUUAAUAACCAAAAUUAUGUUUAAUUUGAAUGUGUUUCUAAAUAAUGUCCAAUGUUCAAAGUCCAAUGCAGAAUUUAAUACAUGCUAAUAUCCAUUCAUUUCUAUGGGGUUUUUUUUUACACAAGACUGAAAAGAAUUGUAGCAUGUAUUCUUUAAGUCUUCUCCUUUGAAGAACCGAAACAUGGCUGAAGAAAGAGACCAAGGUUGAGUACAAUCCACAACAGAAGGUAACCAAGCAACAUCCCUUUAAAACAUUGUGUUGAUCGACUGGCUGCCUUCAUAGGGAUUCAAUAACUUUUCGCUUCCUUGAAGAAGCAACUUUAACACAAACAAUUUCGCAUUUGUGACCAAGCAAGUUUGGGAAAAACCUGUAUUGGUAUGUAUGACAUUAUGCCUUUGCUACCGUCUCUACUACAGAAUCAUAAUUAGCAAGGGAGAUUUGAGAAGACAGAGUCAAAUAUCUUUUCUGUGAAGCAGAUAGCCCGGAUAUAAAGAAGUGAAUUAUUUAUAGCAGCCUAAAGAAGAGAUUGCACAGGAAGAUACUGUUUUUCUUAAGUUCAUCACAAUGUCCUGUUUUCAUUUUUGUAGAUGUAUAGCAUUAAUGGUAAGUUUUCAAACUGAAUCAAGAUUGCUAUAGAUCAGUGUGCAGGAAUAAACAGUAUUAAUAAUCCAAUUUGGCAAAUAUAAAAACUGCCAUGAUCAGACAACACAUUCUUUAAGUAAUUUUGGGGCUUAAAUAUUUUACACUAUUUCUGACAUUAAGAAAUUAAAGUUAGGAUGCAUAUUUGUUACUAACUUUUGUAAACUACAAUGAUAAUGCUUAAUUCAGAAGAAUUCCAGAAUAACAAUGCAAUUGCACAUUUUAAAGGAGAAUCCAAAACUGUUAACAAGCUUUUGAAUUUUUCAGAUUUUUUUUCAUACUGCAUAUUAAACAAAAUAACAGUGGAAAGAAGGAGGGAUAAUGUGACAUAAACAGUUAAUAUGAUUAAAAGAGUGGAGGAAGCACAGCAAUGAGUUUUUAUUUGCUUGAAUGGUUGUAGGCAUUAUAUGAAAUCUACGUAGUAGAAUUAAGAAUUAUGCCUGCCUUCCUGGGAGUAUGCUAUAUUGAAUUUAAUUGAACAAUGCUUUAUUUGGAUAAUCUGGAAUAUGGCUUGUUAAGAAUUUGAGUAGGUGAUUUGGCUGGGAAAUUGAUUUGAAAUUGCAACUCUAGUACAUAGUUAAUUUUUCAAAUUUUCCAGUUUACUGUAUGAAUCCCCCCCCCCCCCAUAUCUGUGAGUGAUACAUUCCAAGUCCCCUCUCCCCAUGGAUCCCUGCAAUUGUGGAUAAUAGCAAACCUUAAGGGUACAUAUACAGACACUUCUGGGGAAUAUUUUUGGAGUGUGGGUAAGUGAAAGCAUAGUUAUCGAAUCCAUUCAUUAUAGGGUCAAAUUUUAUUUGCAAAUCCUAUGCAAACCUUUCACUUCUUAGGCAAUGAAACACUGACAAAGGCUUGAAACGGUGAUACACCUAUGGUUUCCAUUAGAUACAGUUGCAACUAAUCAGCCCUGCUUUAAGUUCUCAAAUAUGAAAACAUUUUAUUUCUCAUGUUCAUAAUAUUUUAUCAUGAUGAGUGCAGACUUUUACAGAGAAGAAUGGCUGAGACUCUGGAACAAGGGCCUAUAUAUUUCUUUGACCAGCCAAAAUCCAAAAGAAAAUGGGUCAAGAAAAAGAAACGAGGAGAGCAGCUAGAUGUUAUAAUUUCAGGCUACACAAAUCCCCAAGAAAAUAGAAGCUUUUACAGGAAUCCUGCAUAUAGAGAAGAGCGCAUGGAAGGGGGGGAUGCCUCAGUGAAAAUCAACACAGCAAAGCAAAUUCCAGUUUCUCCAAGUUGUCACCCUUUGGUUUUCCAGCCCACCUGCGAGCACCAUUUGGAUCAGCUUUCCCAGAUACCUUCACAUUCACUUAAAGAAGAAACUCUACAGUUAGCAUCAUUAAAUGAACAUAAAUACAUAUCUGUUACCAUUUUACGUGAGCUGGAAGACAUGCUCAGACAUUUUUCUAAGUAUAAGAUUAUUCUACCCCAGGGGAUUUUAAAUAUUUUGAACUACAGCUGGAAAGAUCUUGUUGAAGAUGCCUGGUAUAAUAAAAAAUAUUGCCAGGAGCCAACAUACAAAAAUCUAAAUACGGGGAUUAAACUGGCAUCAGAGGAGUCAUGUAGACUGUCACCCAGCUCUGAAUAUGAUGAUGAGAUGGCAGUAAAUACAAAACGGAGAAGCAAACAACUUAUUGGUGUUUCUACUGAUGUUGUAAAGGGAUCAAAGAAUCCUGUACCUCUGGUAAACAAACCUGUGGUUUUACAACAAGGUGCCAAUGAUUCACUUUCUACUAUCAGUUUUUCUCUGUCCUCAAAACUGUGCCAGGAAAGAGGUUGGUUUUCCCAACAUUAUAACAGUGAUACUAAAGACCCAGAAUGGAAAGCACCAUAUGUCCAGGCAGUGGAGAGGCUACAACUGGCUAAGAUCCAAAUAACUGAACAGCUGGCCCAUCUGAAAGAAUCUGGAUUUGAUAAGCCUGUGAUUCUUCGUCAUUAUGGUAGUUCCAAGAAAGAUAUUUUUGGAAAUACAUUUCCAAAAAACAUCAGAAGGUACAUCAGGAAGACAGUGUCCUCUAAUAUCCUGUAUGAAAAACCACAAUUACCAGCGAUCAAGAAGAAUGAGCCAGUUCUCAAGAAACUACAUUAUGGAUUGAUUGAUGGAUCAUCUUUGAUUUACUAUCCCUCUGGACAUUUUGCAGUCUGCCAGAGUUACUCAGAUCUUCCCAAUGGUGGUUUGUACACCAACAUAUUCAGUGAUUGUCCUGAUUGUGCUUUACUUGGAACAUUUACUCCAUUUGGACAUGGCAGCAUUUCCUUUCCAAACAGCAACAACAUAGCAAUGAUAUUUAAUCAGGAAGGUGGUAUGGUGACGAAUAAAGAUGGAGAAAUGCUACGCCAGUGGAAAUGGCCUGCAGCAGGAAAGCUUGAUGACCCAGUUAUUAUACAGGUUAACAAGCACAUCACUGUGAGGAUUGCUGGACGCUUUGCUGUUUCUUUGAUUUACAAGUGGGAGCAUGAAACUGUGAAUUUGUCUUUGUCACCAGUACGAGGUGUGGCUGUUCCACGGCUAGAAAAUCUGGGUAAGAUAUUCACAGAAGUUAGGCUGUUAUCUAAAUCGAUUAAAGCCUUUACUGAAACACACUGCAGAACAUUAAAGGAGGAGGAAGAAAACAAACCUCUGAAAAAAGAAACAUCUAAAGGGACAAAGAAAACGGAAGAGAAUCUAAACCACAUGAAAGAUUUCAAUGCUAUGAGAGAAUUAAGACUAUUACAGCGGAAAAUUAAAAACAUCAUGGAAGACUGGUUGGAAUAUUUCCGGAUAGCCUUUGGAAUCAGCUCACCAUCUAUACAUAAAAGCUCAACUUUUCCACAGAGAUGUGGCAGAAACUGCAAACCACAGUUUGUGAGUGCUUUUCUAGAUCCACACACAACACAGGAAGAGAAGUACGGUGAACAUGAGGCCUCCUUAACACACAAUGCUCCUCUUUUCCAGUCUGCUCCAGCACAAAGCCACCUAACACAAGAACUGCCAUCUCUGUCUUCUAGAGCUCCCCAAUUGUUGGGCAGCAUUUUCAAGACAAAUCAGGCAGUCCUUUCUCACUUAAUUUUAAAGAAAAAAGAACAUUCAGAGUCUCCCUCCAAAAGGACUAAACCUUGCCUUGUUUCACGGAUUUUACCAAGUUAUUCCACGGACCUUGUUCUUGUUCCUCGUUACCUUGUUCCACGUUUCAAGCCUUGUUUCAAGUAUCAAGUUAUUUCCUAGCCUUGCUCAAGUUCAUGGACUAAAGGACCUUGUCAUCUCCCCUCACCUUGCCUGGCAAAGUGAGUGUUUCGGUUAUUGGAUUACAACUUUGGACCUUAAUAUUUCAUAUUGGACAUUGUUUCUUUGGACUAAUUUUGACCUUCCCUGAAAGGUCUACUUCUGGACUAACUUUUACAUUUGCUUUUACUAACUUUAUAUAUUUCCUUAAUAAAGAUAUUAGAUAGAAUCUGGCCUCUGCGUAUGGUUAUUGGUGCUCUGUAGCCUGGGUCGUGACAGACAAGCCCCAACUCUUCUGGGCUUCAGAAAAGCGUUAAAGACGCAGCUGUGUGCCCAAGCAUUUAAUGAAUAGUCAUCAGUCGACAUGGUCUGAAUUAAGGUUUAUGUAUGAGGUUCCGGAUGAAUGGAUUUAAUUAUAUAUAUGUUUUUAAGGUUUUAUAAUGUAUUUUAAUAAUAUUAUUAACGGAUCUAUAUGUAUUGUUUUGAUUUAUGAUUGUGUUUCUUGGGCAUUAAAUUUUGCCAAUUUCUGUAAGCCGCCCUGAGUCCCCUCGGAUGAGAAGGGUGGGGUAUAAAUGUUGCAAAUAAAUAAAUAAAUAAAUAAAUAAAUAAAUAAAUAAAUGCUUUGUACCCAAGCUGUAACCAUCCAGACCCACUCCUGCUGCACUAAGCCUUGAAGGGAAGCCCAACUGCAGCAUGUUAGAAGGAGAAACUGCUAGACCUACUAGGGACAUGCCAUGAGCUACAUCUGGCUCUCACUCUAGUGUAAUUCUUGCAGUAUAGUUCAUACAUGUCCACCCAUUGUGUUCAAUGGAACACACUCCCAGGCCAGUGGAUAUAGGACUGCAGCCUCAUUAUUACCUCAAAUACAUGUUCAUUCCCUCUCCUCCGUCCAUCUCUUCAAAGAACAGAGAAAAUAUGACAGUUGGAACCAUAUAAUAUAUUAUGACUGUAAUUUAUUAUUGAUAGUCAGGUCCUGCCCUUGCUCCUAGAUGCUCAGGGCAGCAUAGCUAGUUCUAUAUACCACCUUUGUCUAUCCUGACAUUGCAACUUGGCCAAAGAUCACCCAAUAAGCCAAAUAGCAGUGGAUUUGAAUAUAGGUCUAUCUAGACCUCAUCCAAUAUUCUAACUACUUAACAACAUUGUGAUUCCAGCAGAGCCACUUAUGUAUAUGUAUUUCAUCCCAAAUCCUGCUGCCUGUAAGGCCCUUGCUUUUUUACGCUCAAUGUCUGAAAUUAAAAAAUAUAUUUCAUUUCUAAUGCAUAAACAUAUCCAGUAAACCUAACUUGGAGUUAGCUCAUUGCUGUUCUUAUUAAUUCCACAAGAUUUUAGCAGUUGGAAAGUUGGAGUAAACAGGCCUGUUUCUGUGUAGCCAGGUCAUCAGUCUAUGGAUGUGGGAUCAAGUUUGUGCUGGUAGACCCACGGGAGUCUUGCAAGCCAGUUUUUCUGGUUGCACCACAAAAGUGGUUUACCUCCUAGUAUUACUUUUGGCAGCAUUUCUCAGAACCUUAUCUCUAGUUAUCCAGUGACAGAGAGUCUCAAAUAUCCACACUGUCUUCAAAAUAUGUACAGCUUGAUUAUCCACACACAAGACCAGAGAAAGCAUAAAAGCUAUGUAGAUUUGUUAGACUUUUAAAGACACAGUUGUUGUUGUUGUUGUAGUUGGAAAAUACUAUUUAUGUUCUGCUCCUUAUCAGGAGGUGUUUUUUUGUGGCUUUUUUCCUUGAAAAGCCUUGCUUUUAGCACUAUCAGCAUUCACAGAAAUGCAUGAAAGUUUUUGUUAAUUAGACAAGGUACUUCUCUUAGAAAUGGGAGAGGGUUGGUCUGUAUUAUUUAUUUCUCUCUUAAUAAACAUGAAUUUUCCAGAUAAAAGCUUCUCUUAAGUAAUCCCUUCAAUGAUCAAACUCUUACAUUUAGGUGAAGUGGAUGGUACUUCAUUUCCUUGUGACAUAUUCAUUUUCCAUUAUUUUCAGUAGUGAUUUAUUUUUGAAACUUCAAAUCAUUAUUAUAAUUUGAGCUUUAUCUUGUGUUCAUCUGAUUGCCUACAUGGGUCAAGAAGCAUAUGCAACUAUUCUCAGUUCUCAUAAUCCUAAGUUUUGAUCUGUAUAAUCGAAAAGAACCUUUCUGUCUGAUAGGGAGAGUGAUUGCACCUUUGACUUCAAGUUUUUUUACAUUGCGUAUUAUUGAACAGAAUGUUUGGUGUUAGAUUGCAAUGCUGAAUUAUAUGCCAUAAUUUGUUUUUAAUACAUAUUUCAUGUCAUUUGUGUCCUAUAUAGGGACAUAAUAAAGGGAGAGGAAGGCAGGAUAUUUUAAAAAGGAAAAAUUAUAAGGAGGAAACGGUUAAAGGUGGCUUCAUUAGUAUUAGGCAUUGCCAAGCAGUAAAAAUAAAUGGAUAAAGGUCCAAGGAAACCUUUCCAGGAAGGUUUAUAUGGGGAAGGUAGUUCACAAGAAAGAGAAAAAUAAUGGCCAUCUAAAGACUAGAGACAUAAAUUGGUUUAGAAGUCAGGUCACCUUCUUAGGGAGAAGAAGUUAGGAUUCCUCAGCAAAUUAUACACAUCCCAGCACCUUCAAACUAUAAUUCAAGGAAUGGUCUAAUGAAUAUGCUGCAAUUUAAUAACUGAAAGUAAGGAGAACUCCACAGAAAUCCUAUGUAAAUUGCAGUGAAGAAGAAUAGUAUACAGCUUUGGGGGGUGGGGAGAAAACCAGCAUGGUGUAGUGGUUUCAGUACUAGACUAUGAUUCUAGAUGGCUGAGUUUGAAUCCCUUUUGGAAAGCUACUGGUGACCUUGAGUCACACACUCUCAACCUCAGAGGAAGGCAAAGCCUCAUCUGAAAAAAAAAUCUUUUGAACAAAACCUUGUAAUAGGUUCACUUUAGGAUCACCAUAAGUCAGAAACGACUUCAAGCACACCGCAACAGACAAAAACAAACAAACAAAAACACCUUGCAUCUUGGCAGCUCUAGGUAUGAACCAUAACUAACUAUGGACAGAAUUAGACUAUUCUAGGCAUAGUAGCAGCUAGGAAGAAAGCAUAAAUGUGAGAGAGGGAGAAGAGGAAAGAAGCGGCCUGCAACAAUUGUGUGACUAAAUGGGGGAAACAAAGGAGCCAUGGACAGCCAAUAUCUAAAAAUAUUGGUUGCCAGAAGACAAAGAAAGCCCAUCCACACUAUAAGGAUAUCAUUUAAUUUUUAUAAGAUUU